AUGAACGUCAUCGCCGAACGCCGAGAGUUCGCCACAAAUCCCGCACUGACCCUUCGCGCUCGCUCGUACACCCUCAACUACCACUACCACCACCUCUGCCACCACUUCUCUGUCUACCACUCGCGCGCUACACUCUUCCCCGGCGCGAUGGACGGCCACGCGCGCGCAGGGCUGGUAGACCUGGACGAAGACACCUUCGCGCACCCGCGCCGCCCGCCCGCCCUCUCGUCCUGGCCCGCCCUCUCGUCCUGGCCCGUCCCGCCACCCCCCUUCCUCCGCCAAAGCACCCUCCCAGCCCCUCAAGACCCAAACCCACCAUCUCCCUCACCAAUCCCGCUCAAACGCGUCCCCCCAAACCUGAUAAACAACGCGCUCCCGCCCGAGCUCCUCCUCUCAAUCUUCAUCCUCCUAACGCACUCCAUCGCCGACUACGGCUCGCACUGGACCUACUCCCCCUUCUGGCUCUCCGUCACCCACGUCUGCCGCACCUGGAGGACCCUCGCGCUCUCCUCGCCGCUCCUCUGGACGCGCAUAUCCUUCUCGCGCUCCACCGGCGAUCUCGCGAACACCAUGCUCGCAAGAUCAGGCGACGCGGAGCUGAACAUAGCGUACAGCGAUCGAUUGGCGCGUAUGCCGCCCUUGCAGCUCUACACUGCGCUCUCUCCGCCUCAUCUAAGACGCACAUCGCGCCUCCGGCUCAACGUCACGCGCGCUUCACUCGCGCACCUCGCCGCGCGCCUCCCCUCUGAAGCGCCCAUUCUCAGACGGCUGCAUAUUGACUUGGUGGACGGGAUGCAUGUACCCGGAGAGGGUCACGCGGUGCCCGGCGUGGCGAACUUGCGCGCGCCAGAGUUGAGAGCGCUGAUAUUGUUCGGUGUACCGAUCCCGCCGACCGCACCACUCCUCACGCGCUCCGCACACCUCACCGAGCUCGUGCUAUUAGGUAUCCCCCGCCCGGCGCGGUGGAGCGUAGCCGACGCUCUCCGCGUACUGCAACAUACGCCCAAACUCAGACGCCUGCUGCUCGUACACGCGAUCGAAGAAGAUCACCCCGACGACCCGCCCGGACCCCACAUCUCCCUGCUGUAUCUCAGAGAAGUGACGAUGCACGCGCCGACGCCGGCCUUAUCGUCUUUUCUUUCGUCUCUCACCACCGACCCGUCAAUAUUGGCAAGAUGCACGCUCUCCGGCGCGAUCCCGCCCUAA